AUGGCUCAGACCAAAUCAGCCAAGAACCUCCGGCAAAUGCUGGCCGACCCGGAGAAGAUCGUCGUCUGCCCCGGUGUUCACGAUGGCCUCACAGCGCGAAUGGCGCUGCGCGUGGGUUUUGACGCCCUGUACAUGACUGGCGCCGGCACAGCGGCAUCGCGCCUCGGACAAGCAGACCUCGGCCUCACGACCGUCGACGACAUGGCGACGAACGCGGGCAUGAUCGCAGGCCUCGACCGCGACGUGCCAGUGAUCGCCGACGCCGACACCGGCUUCGGCGGGCCCUUGAUGGUCGCCCGCACGACCGAGAAGUACAUCCUGCAGGGCGUGGCCGCCUUCCACAUCGAGGACCAGGUGACGACGAAGCGGUGCGGGCACCUGAUGGGCAAGGAGCUCGUCGACACGGCCACCUACACAGCGCGGAUAAAAGCCGCAGCGGCGGCGCGCGAGCGCAUGGGCUCCGACAUCGUCAUUAUCGCGCGCACCGACGCGCUGCAGUCGCUAGGCUACGACGAGGCGGUGUCGCGGCUCCGGGCGGCGGUCUCGGCCGGCGCCGACGUCGCGUUCCUCGAGGGCCUGCGCACCAAGGAGCAGAUGGCCCAGGUGGUCCGGGACCUGGCGCCGACGCCGUGCUUCCUGAACAUGGUCGGCGGCGGCGUGACGCCGCUGGUCAAUGCCGACGAGGCCAGGAGGCUCGGCUACAAGAUCGUCAUCUGGCCCCUGGUCGGCAUGAGCAGCGUCUACCUGGCCAUGCGCGAGUUCUGCCAGGAGCUCAAGACCACGGGCGAGAUCAAGGAGCGGUACACGGAGGACGGAAGGACCGAUGCCGGUGUGAGGGACGUGUUUGAGCUGUGCGGGCUGACGGCCUCGAGCGAGUUUGAUAAGGAGAUGGGGGGUGUGAGUUUUGCGAAGGGGGCUUAA